AUGGGUAACCAGCAGAAGCAAGAGGGAGGAGAUCACAAGCAAGCAACAAGACAGCAGCGCAGCUGCAGCAGGCAGACUGCAGGCACGAGCAGACAGACAUACGCACCCCACAGGAUGACCACACCAGGCGAACUAACUACACCACCGGUACGCACAUCACCACCGCAAACCACCACCAUCCACCCCUGUCAAGUCACCAGUGGAUCAGCCUUCAGUUCACCGGCUACCUGUGGUUCCCCACCAUCUUACCAACUCAGUGGAUCAUCUGUUGCAUCCUCCAACCUUGCCCAGCAUGAUACCACCAUGAUUAGCCAACAGCUAGCAGAAAAAAAAAAAAAAAAAAAAAAACAACUGGUGGAGGCAUUGCACCAACAAGAGGAGGAGACCAUGGAGCGACAGGCUGCUUUUGAGGCCAGGCUAUCCAAACAACAACAGGACAUCAACCAGUCUAGUGUCUCCACCAAUGGCUUGGUCCACACUUGCUGGACCAAAAAACAAGCCAACUUGCCUCAUGGGUAUUGGAGGGAUCAGCCCUAUUCCUUCCAAUGCAUCCUCUUCAUUGGAUCACCAUCCUAA